AUAUUAUUAUAUGAUAAAUUAAUAAUAUUAUCAAUCUUUAUGUUACGAAUUAUUAAGUUAUAUAAUAGUGUUAUUUUUUAUUUUACAAAAAAAUAUAUUUCAUAUUCAAGUUUACAAUCAUAUUAUACAAUAUCAUCAAAUAAUAUAAAUUAUUUAAAUAUUGUAAAAAAUUAUAACCAAAUUUCAGUGUUUCCUAAAUAUUUAAAAAAUAUUGGUUUUAUAUUUAGAUGGAAAAUUAUACGACGUUAUUUAAAAUUAUCUAUAAAUAAUAGUGAUCCAUUUUUAAUAAAUAACAAAGUAAGCAAUAAAUUUGCUACAUUAAUUAAAGAUGAUUUAUUGUUAAAUAUGUCUUAUGUUGUUGAAUUAAAUCCAGGAUAUGGUUUAUUAACAAAAGAUUUAUUACAAGCUGGUAUAAACUGCAUACAUUUAUAUGAAAAUCGUAAUAUGUUUUAUUCUGAAUUAUAUAAUUUACAAAAAAUCUUUCCUAAUCGAGUUAUUAUAACUAAAGCAAAUUUUCUUAAAAUAUCCAAAUUGUUAUAUAUACCUGAUAAAUUAAAAUAUUUUAAUGAAUUAUUUAAUAAUGUAUCCAAAAGAAAAUGGGAAGAAGAAACUUACAUGCAAAUAAUUGGAACAUUAAAUAAUUCUCAUUUUAUAAGACAUAUAAUAUUAAGUAUAAUAUUUCAAACAGGCAUUAUGAUAAAUGGAAGGAUAAUUUUUUAUUUUGCAUUACCAGCAUCUAUAUGGCAUAAAUUGACAUGUCAGGGUAAAGGAAGUUUCAGUACUUAUAUCAUGUUUAAUACAUUAUUUAAUUAUAAAAUAUUUGGAACAUUAGAUAAAAAAGGAUUUUUACCAUGGCCAUCAAAAAAAUUAAAGAAAAAUUAUAAAUUUAGAGAAAUUGAUACUUUUUUUUAUGUUGUUAAAUUAGAACCAAAAUCUGAUAUUUUUACAUUAUUUGGUGAAAAAGAACAGAUAAUCAAUUUUUGGCAUUUUAUUCGACAUAAUUUUUAUAAACCUUCAUCAAAAAUAAUACCAACUUUGGAAAAAGUAGUUCCUGGAUGUGGCAUAAGAUUAAUAAAAGAAAAAAAUUAUAAUAUAUUCACUGAAUUUCGUCAAUUAAAUAUGAAUGAAAUUUUUGAUCUUUAUAUGGAUUUUAAAUCUUGGCCAGAAUAUAAUCAAAGUUCAUUUUUAUCAAGUGCUAAUGAUAUAAAAAUAUAUUUUGAUCCAUAUAUAGAUAGUUAGAUGAUUAUUAAAUAUUAAAUAUUUAAA